GCAGCGCCACGCCAUCAGUCCCCCGACUCUUUCCUUGCCCUUCCACUCUCCGACCAACAACUUGGAAUUCCAUCAGUUUUCAUCAAACACUGACCGCUGGUUUUUGUAUUUGUUUACAGGCAUCGAUUUUUUGCAAGCACGCUUCCAUUCCAGACUCAAUCCACGCCGUUGCCACGACCGAAACUUUCCGUCUUUCUGCCUAGACAUUCUUCAAGGUGGUCCGGUGACCGCCACUACCGCCGCAAUGGCUUCGUCGUCUUCCAACGUGGUUGGAGUUCACUACAGGGUGGGAAAGAAGAUUGGAGAGGGUUCAUUUGGUGUCAUUUUUGAGGGCACCAAUCUGCUCAACAACCAACAAGUUGCUAUCAAAUUCGAACCUCGCAAGAGUGAUGCUCCUCAGCUGCGAGAUGAGUACCGAACGUACAAGAUCCUCGUUGGAUGCCCUGGUAUUCCUAAUGUGUACUACUUCGGUCAGGAAGGACUUCACAACAUCCUCGUGAUCGACCUGCUUGGUCCAUCUCUUGAGGACCUUUUCGACCAUUGCGGUAGGAGAUUUUCCAUCAAGACCGUCGUCAUGGUGGCCAAGCAGAUGUUGUCCAGGGUCCAGACAAUUCACGAGAAGAACCUCAUCUACCGUGAUAUCAAGCCCGACAACUUCCUCAUCGGCCGCCCCGGCACCAAGGCCUCUAGCGUUAUCCAUGUUGUCGACUUCGGCAUGGCCAAGCAGUACCGUGACCCGAAGACGAAGCAACACAUUCCCUAUCGCGAGCGAAAGUCACUCUCUGGAACUGCUCGAUACAUGAGUAUCAACACCCAUCUUGGUCGUGAGCAGUCUCGACGAGACGACCUCGAGGCCCUUGGCCACGUCUUCCUCUACUUCCUCCGGGGAGGACUCCCUUGGCAGGGCCUGAAGGCUGCUACCAACAAGCAGAAGUACGAGAAGAUUGGUGAGAAGAAGCAGACGACGGCGAUUAAGGACUUGGCCGAGGGCUUCCCCGAGGAGUUCAACAAGUAUCUUACCUAUGUCCGUAACUUGGGCUUCGAGGAUACUCCCGACUAUGACUACCUCCGAGAGCUUUUCACACAGGCCCUGAAGACCACCGGCGAGGUUGAGGAUGGCGAGUACGACUGGAUGAAGAUCUCGAAGGAUUCGGGAAAGGGAUGGGACUCCAAGAGCCACAACGCCGCGUAUCUGCACAACCCCAACGUGAGGCCUGGCCCCUCGCAGAUGGAGCUGCACAGCGGCCAUCGUCCCGGGAAUACGAACUCUCACCAACAAGCGCAAAACCUUACUGUCAGCCGUUUAAACGCCGCGCAACCCCCUCCUCCGUCUCCGAUCAAGCAGAUGGGCAAGCAGAGAGAUCGGCCAAGCGUCCCCGGCGCCUUGUCGGCGCAGAGGGGGAGCGGGGUUGGGGGUCUUCGGGACAUGGCCACGCCAACUGGCUCAACUCAGGCCCAGUUCCAGAACAGCGCCCAGAACCUGCCUCAGCCGAGGACCUCCCAGCAGGGACCGGCGACGCAGCUCGCCCAGCCUAGCGAUCAGCCUGCCAACCCUCAGCCCAGUGGCUUCCAGAAGCUGAUGAAGACGCUCUGCUGCGGUUAAAUAGGGGGGUGGUUGAUAACUACGGUUUUCUUUCUUUCUUCAUUGCUGCGGCGUUGUGCUUCAGGAUCUGUGUCUCAAAUGACAGUCCUGAGCUUGAGGAUGAUGUCCCCAAACGGCCACAAGGGGAUGUGGUUGCUGGAUAAAAACGCCCACCCGGAGCAAAUCUUGUUACGCUUGCUUCCUGGACCUCGACACCCAUGGCGACCCGGCUCGGCGGGUAAGCCCCUACAGCGGAUGCGGCGACGUCCAUUUGCUUGAGUAUCGAGACUUGGCUCUGGAACCUGGAUCUCCUCAAACUCGUACCUCAUCAUGUCGCUCUCAUAGAAUCCCUCUGUCUCCUGAACUGAUACACCGAGGUAUCUUUCAGGGCCGCCCGCCAGGGGAAGCAAAUCUGGUCUUGGAGUUGGGAAUGGGAUUUUCUUUUCUUUAUUAUGUCUGGCAUUCCAUCACGAAACUAUACUAAACCACGUUUAAUCUUCCAGCGCAGCACGGCGCAAGGAGAUCGAGCAGGGCAGCAUUUUGGGUCUGGUUCGGUGUUUCUUAGUCGUAUUUCUCAUGACACUGUCUAUAAUCUCUCUCUGUGCGUAAUCACCUACCCAGACGAAAGCCACUCUUGAGCGACCUGAGGGUGGUGAGGCAAAGCGAGACGAGGGCGAGCGAGCGUCUCCAGUCUUGUCUGGUGUAGUUCCUAGGGUAUGGAAUGGUAGGGGAGUGGAGGGUAGAGUAGGUAGGGGUAGUAAGAAGGAGGUGUGGGGAUGAUGAGUCUGGUCUUUUUUGUUGUUGUUGUUCACUUUGGAAGAAGCAACUUGGUGAUUUGUCGUGAAAUGAAGAUAGAGCACUAUAGGGAGUUUUUUCGUCUGAAUCUUAUAAUGGGAAAAAAAGGCGUUGUUAGCUCCUUUUUCGAUACUG